AUGAAGACUGAUUGCCUGCCAAUAAUUGUCAAGCUCUGUGCACUUCUGUCGCUGAUCGGUCCGCCGCGCGAUGUUCGAGCACUCGAUAUACGAUCGUGCAACCAAUCCUUGGGGAUGGAGUCCGGGGACAUACCGGAUUCAGCCAUUACGGCGUCCUCGUCGUAUGUGACGAACGUCGGUCCACGGAACGGCCGGCUCCGGAAGGAGACAGCCGGCGGUGCCUGGUGCCCGAAGAGUCAAAUAGAACGAGGAAUCCGUGAGUGGCUGCAAGUGGAUCUGCCCGGGCCGCACGUGAUCACCGGUGUACAGAGUCAGGGUCGUUACGAUCACGACCGUGGCCAGGAAUACGUCGAGGAGUACACCCUCGAGUAUCGACGUCCAGGGUUCACCGAGUGGCAGCGAUAUAAGCGCUGGGAUAACAAGGAGGUGCUAGCCGGAAACAGCGACACUUCCACCAUAGUGUCGCAUCGAUUAAUCCCGCCGAUCUUCGCCAGCCAGAUCCGUAUUUUGCCACACUCCGUGCACAGGCGCACCGUUUGCCUUCGAAUCGAGCUGAGAGGCUGUCAGGACACGGGCGGUGUCGUCAGCUACACCAUACCGGAUUCCCCGACGGCUGAGCUCGGCGACGUAUCGUACGACGGCAGAAGGAAGGACAACUUGUUGACCGAUGGCCUGGGCCGGCUGAUCGAUGGCGAGGUCGGCGCGGAUAAUUACAGGCUGGACAUGGGAGAUGGAAGAGGCACCGGCUGGGUCGCAUGGAUGCGCGACACUUUCGAGGACGACUACGUAGAGCUUGUGUUCGUGUUCGAGGUAACCUGGAUCUUCGAGGCGGUCCACAUUUACACCAAUAAUUACUUCUCCCGCGAUGUGCAGGUAUUUUCGAAGGCGGACGUCUGGUUCAGUCUCGACGGUGAGAUCUACGAGGAGGAGCCGCUGUCUUACUCUUACAUACCGGACAUCGUUCUGGAGAACGCCCGGAACGUCUCCAUAGGUCUGCACGAGCGUCGCGGAAAAUUCUUGAAGAUCCACCUGUACUUCGCCGCCCGAUGGAUCAUGAUCAGCGAAGUGACAUUCGACGGAACCAAUCCCUAUGAAAAUGUCACCGAGGAGUCCGCGUCCGAGUUCAGCAACCGAGAAAUUCCAAUGAACCCCGAGGUGGAUCUUAACUUGCAAACAAUUACAGCUGCGGGAGAGGGUCAGGAAUAUUUAGAGGUACUAAUAGGUGUUCUGACUGCCAUUAUCCUACUUCUUCUGCUGGUGUUCGUCAUUAUUCUACUUCUGAAUCGACGGCAAAAACUUCAGAGCUCGCCGACCGUGUUGAAAAAUCCAUUUGGAUUCGCCAUAAACAUGAAGGGUCUCCUCUUAAAUUUAACGCCCGGGGGAAUGCUGACAGAGACGGCCAAUCACGUUUCUCCGGACAUGCCGGAGGACGGGAGUAUGCACGAGUCUUUGACAAUGGAACAAUUCAAUUCACCCCUGGUCAGCCCGCAGUAUAAAUCUACGUACGCGAUAGUCGCCACUUCCGAAUCCCCGAAAGACUUGAAGGACGUGAACCUGUCGGAGGAGAGCGUUCGAUUCGAUACGAGACCGGAAUCGACAGUCGGGCCGCCUAGUUGCUCCUCGUCGCCAACUAACUCCCCGGCGCGUCACUCUCAGCACUACAGGACCCUUCAAAGUUACACCAGUCCAACUGCGAAACUCAAUAUCGCGGCCACGUCUAAUCACCAGCGGGACGUCGAUCAGAUCCACUCGAAGCGCUGGCACACGGCACCUAAAGAGAAACACAAGAUACCGGCCCCAGUGGUCAGCUGGAACAUCGCGCCCAGCAUGAACAAACCGUACAGGUGCAAGGAAAUAGAACCCACCAAUAUACCGCGACAGUGCCUACGUACAACCGAGAAACUUGGCUCGAGGACUAUCGGCGAGGCGAUAGUGUGCGAAGCAAUCGGAUUGGAGGACGCGAUUGCCGAUGCACCGAGGUUGGUCGUGGCGCGGGUCCCCGCUUGCACCGGGGACAUUCGUGGCGGUAGCGCCACGGAUCAAAUAAGGGAAGUCCGAUUUCUCUCCUGUUUGUCGGAUCCGAACGUGGCACGGAUCCUGGGUGUCUGUUCCGUGGAGCCGGUCCCGUGGACGAUCAUCGAGUACACGGAACUCGGGGAUCUCGCCCAUUAUCUUCAGUACAGUGUGCCACUUACGGGAACGCUUAGGCCGAGCUGCAAUUUGAAAGCCCUCAGUCAGAGCUGCCUGUUGUACAUGGGAGCGCAGAUAGCAUCGGGCAUGAGGUUCCUCGAGUCGAAGAAUCUGGUGCACAAGGACCUGGCUGCCAGAAACUGUCUAGUGGGCCGUUCUUACACCGUGAAAGUGACCGACAUCGCGAUGUGCAGUGACCUUUACAAGAAGGAUUACAGUGACAUAGGCGGCAGACCGCCGGCGCCAAUCAGAUGGCUGCCGUGGGAAAGCAUUCUGCUGGACAGGUACACUUGCUCGAGCAGCGUCUGGUCCUUCGCUGUCACUCUCUGGGAAGUGAUGAGCCUGGCCAGGGAGAAGCCCUUCCAGCAUCUGACCAACGAUCAAGUCAUACAGAACGCCGAGCAUAUGUAUUAUGGAGCCGAGUUGCAGGUAUAUCUUCCGCGCCCGACGAUGUGUCCCGACGAGGUCUACAGACUGAUGUGCUCGUGCUGGCGAAGGGACGAGGCCUCGAGACCCACAUUCAAAGACAUUUACACGUUCCUGAAGAACCUGAUCGUGGACUAUCGGCCCGGUGCAUAA